CACAAACCCAUCUUCAAAAAUUCCUUCUUUCAUUCAGAAAUCUGUUGUUGAUUAUCACUAAUUUUUAUAAUUAUAAGCAGGAGUUUGACGACUUUGUGAAGAGACGUGCUGCUUUUUGCAAUGGAAUUUGGAUCUUUCACUACGAGCAACAUGAACUGAUAAGGAAUUUACGAAACAAGGAACGGACGCCUUCUUUAUCUCUCUCUCUCUCUCUCUCUCAUUUCCUUCUUUGAAGAAACCGGUUGUCUAAGGGAGUAAUUGCAGAAAUGGGUAUUUUGUCUAUACUCAACAAAGAUCCAAAGGGGGUUUUGAAAGGGAGGACUUAAUCGUUUUGGUUAUAGCACGUCUUCUUCUUUUCUACUCUGUGAAAGGACAUGGGCCUAGCUCUCCUCUGUGCUUUGUUUUUUGGGUUUGUUAGACUUUUGCUGGUUUUUGAUUUUGUGGUGUAAAAGAAACCUGUCUGGAACCGACCCCACUUUGUGAAUUUGCUGUCAAAGUGAUAAGUGUGUUCAUCUUGAAUCUGUAUCUGUUUAAGUACCUAUUGAAGUGUUGAUUAUCUUGCUGCUUGGAUUGCUCUGUUUACUCUGUUCAUCGAAGCUUUCAAGCUGGAGAUUCUGGGGUUUUGGAAUUUUAAUUCGGUCUCUAUUUCUCACUCAAUCUUUGUCUCUUUGGCAUGUCAACUUGCCAAAUUGCAGAAUCGGCCAUGACCCAUGUUUUUUCUUGUAUUCAAUUUAGUCGGCGUGCAGUUCAUAGCUGGUGUUGAAUAUAGAUUUUGAAGUAAAAACCAGGCUUCUGUUGUUGGAUUUUACUGAGAAUUUUUUAGCUGUCCUUACUUGAUUGGGGUUCUUUUCAAAUUGAAACUAAGAUGACUUCAAGAGUGGAAACCGAUGAUGAUUGUGAAACGAGGGGAAGUAUGUGGGUUCUGGAUCAGAAGCUUGAUCAGCCUAUGGAUGAAGAAGCUGGGAGACUUAGUAAUAUGUACAAAGAGAAGAAAUUCUCAGUAUUGUUGCUUCUUCGACUUGCAUAUCAAAGCCUUGGAGUGGUUUAUGGAGAUUUGGGGACUUCUCCCCUGUACGUUUUCUACAAUACAUUUCCUCGUGGGAUUUCUGAUCCAGAGGAUGUAGUUGGAGCACUUUCAUUGAUUAUAUACUCUCUCACUCUCAUUCCACUCAUAAAGUAUGUAUUUAUCGUGUGUAAAGCAAAUGACAAUGGUCAAGGUGGAACAUUUGCUCUCUACUCCUUGCUGUGUCGUCAUGCAAAAGUUAAAACUAUCCCAAACCAACAUAGAACUGACGAGGAGCUAACAACAUAUAGCCGCUCUAAAUUUCAUGAGCAAUCAUUUGCUGCCAAGACUAAAGGAUGGCUUGAAAAACAGUCAUCCAGGAAGAAUGCUUUGCUCAUUCUUGUCCUCGUUGGCACUUCCAUGGUAGUUGGAGAUGGAAUUCUCACUCCUGCAAUAUCAGUUUUAUCUGCUGCGGGAGGGAUCAAAGUAAACCACCCCCAUGUGAGCAGUGACGUAGUUGUGCUUGUUGCUGUUGUGAUACUAGUAGGAUUAUUCAGCUUGCAACGCUAUGGUACUGAUAGAGUUGGUUGGCUCUUUGCUCCAGUUGUCCUACUCUGGUUUUUUUUAAUUGGAGGUAUAGGCAUGUUCAACAUCUGGAAAUAUGAUAAAACCAUUCUAAGAGCCUUUUCACCUGUGUAUAUUGUUCGCUAUUUUAGAAGGCGAGGGAUGGAUGGUUGGACGUCCCUCGGAGGUGUGCUGCUGAGUAUAACAGGCACAGAGGCUCUAUUUGCCGAUCUGGCUCAUUUUCGUGUAGCAGCUGUACAAAUUGCUUUUACAGUAGUUGUUUUUCCUUGCCUCCUCUUGGCAUAUUCUGGACAGGCUGCCUACCUUAUGAACAAUACGGAUCAUGUGGUUGAUGCCUUCUAUCGUUCAAUCCCAGAAUCCAUAUACUGGCCCGUGUUUGUUGUUGCAACUGCUGCUGCUGUAGUUGCUAGCCAAGCCACUAUAUCUGCAACAUUUUCAAUUAUCAAGCAGGCUCUUGCUCAUGGCUGUUUUCCAAGAGUUAAAGUUGUUCAUACCUCAAAGAACUUCCUUGGUCAGAUAUAUGUUCCAGAUAUUAACUGGAUCCUCAUGAUUCUUUGUAUUGCUGUGACAGCAGGAUUUAAGAAUCAAAGUCAAAUUGGAAAUGCUUAUGGGACAGCGGUUGUGGUAGUCAUGCUUGUGACCACACUGCUCAUGAUUCUAAUCAUGAUCUUAGUGUGGCGCUGUCAUUGGGUCAUUGCCUUGAUUUUCACCGGACUGUCGCUUGUUGUGGAGUGCAGUUACUUUUCUGCUGUUCUCUUCAAGGUUGAUCAAGGUGGCUGGGUCCCCCUUGUGAUUGCGGGAGCCUUUCUUAUCAUCAUGUAUGUGUGGCAUUAUGGAACUGUUAAACGAUACGAAUUUGAGCUGCACAGUAAAGUUUCAAUGGCAUGGGUUCUCGGGCUUGGUCCUAGUCUAGGACUAGUCCGUGUUCCCGGAAUUGGACUUGUGUAUACUGAGCUAGCAAGCGGUGUACCUCACAUAUUUUCCCAUUUCAUUACGAAUCUUCCUGCCAUCCAUUCUGUUGUUGUGUUUGUCUGUGUGAAAUAUCUUCCCGUCUACACAGUGCCAGAGGAAGAAAGGUUCCUUGUAAAGCGGAUAGGGCCGAAGAACUUCCACAUGUUUCGAAGUGUUGCUAGAUAUGGUUAUAAAGACCUCCACAAAAAGGAUGAUGAUUUUGAGAAAAAGCUUUUCGAUAGCAUCUUUCUCUUUGUCAGGCUUGAGUCCAUGAUGGAAGGUUGUUCAGACUCUGAUGAGUACAGUUUGUAUGGCCAGCAAACUGAGCAUUCUAGGGAUGGCUUGUUGAUUGGGAACCAUGGAAAUGAAGCUUCACCCAAUUUGGACACAUUCUCUUCAGUUGACUCAAUCGUGCCUGUUAGAUCUCCAACGCGUAUGCAUAACACGGUAAGAUCAUCAGAGCAAGCAAGCAACCAUACCGAUAGCGAUGAGAUUGAAUUCUUGAUUAGGUGUAGAGAUGCUGGAGUAGUGCACAUACUGGGAAACACUGUAAUUAGAGCAAGAAGAGAAUCAAAAUUCUACAAAAAGAUAGCUGUCGAUUACAUAUAUGCGUUUCUUAGGAAGAUUUGCAGGGAGCAUAGUGUGAUUUUCAAUGUUCCUCAUGAGAGUCUAUUAAACGUUGGCCAAAUUUUCUAUGUAUAGUCCAUUUAAUUUAGUGAUAGAAUAGGGAGUGUGAAUCAAAUCUGUUAAAUAAAACUUUGAAAAAGCUUCAAUGUUAGCAUCAUUUUUUUGCAUGACUUUGUUGUAAA